AUGGCCGACAUCUCGCAGCAAAAGUUCGACGCCGCGACCCAGAAGGAGCUCCAGGAGUUCCUCGAAAAGGAGCAGGCCACGGCACGCAUGAACCAGUCGAUCCACACGUUCACCAAGAUGUGCUGGAAAAAGUGCAUGACUAGCACGCCGUCGACGCGCCUCUCCAGCAGCGAGCAGUCGUGCCUGCAAAACUGUGUCGACCGCUUCCUCGACUCGAGCCUCUUCAUGGUCAAGAAGAUUGAGGAGCAGCGCAACCAAUUACAAUAG